AUGGCUGCGCCUCUCGACGUUAAUAUUGAACAUCUCAAUGGCAGCUGGGUCUUGAAUAAGGCAUUAUCCAGUGAAUCGGACCCCAUCCUGAAGCUGCAAAAAGUCUCCUGGCUGAUACGAAAGGCCUUUUCGUUUGCAACGAUCUAUAUCCAGAUUCUACAAUACCCCAUCAAAGAAAAGGAAUCCAGCGAACCGUCCACCAAAAUCGACUUCAUACAAACAGCGUCAGCGGGCUUAGCCGGCUCCAAAGAAGAGCGCAUACUCGACUGGGCUAAAUAUGAUCACACGGAUUACUUCUUUGGCACAGUGAAGGGCCAAAGCCAAUUUAUCUAUGGAGCCCCUGCCAAGGAUGGUACUAUGAGACCGGAGUUCGAGCUUCAGACUGAUACGACGAGUGCGGAGAUAAAACAGUUUUUACGGGGGGAAAUUGAAUUGGAUUGGUCUAAGUCUCCUGGUUUCUUGGUUGAGGCUCAGGAUGAGCCUGUCGAGGGUGAGACGAGGGGUUGUUGGGUGCAUACUUUUGAGCGGAAUGAGAAGUUGGGUUGGACGGCAGAGCAGAUUUGGGGAUUUGAAAUGAUAGGAGAGUUGCGCUACUUCUCUCGUCGGGUGGUGGUGAUGACGACUAAGGGGCAAUAUCUUUGUGGGAGAAUUGUGUUUGAUAUCGUUGGCCUUGAAUGA